AUGUCAGACUCCACUAUAACAAGCUCAAAUUACAAUCCUCAAAUUGCAAGUGGUUUGUUUCAUAUCCCGAUUGAACUCCGCCAUGAGAUAUAUUUCGACCUCAUUGGCACAACUGGUCUUCAUAUCACGCGGUCCAAGAGUGGCGGAUUCAGACUUUCCUCGUGCUGGGCGUGCGAUCUGGAUGCAGAGUUACUUGGUUUUGAGUGUAGACCCCGCGGUAUCGUGAAUUCCGAAGUUUGGCGUCGGCGCCUGUUAUCGCCCUGGGGCCGUCACUGGCAAUGUGAAGAGAUUGUUUCGGAAGAAGCAGUCGACAAUAAGGAUCCUCUAGAUAUAAUUCUCAGGGUGUGCAAAUUGAUGUGA